UUGUGGUUUGGCGGCGUCGCUGUGGGCUGGGAGGCGGAUGAAAGUGGCGGUGGCUGCUGGAGGCGAGGGGGCCGCGCUGUGCGAGCCCCUGUUGUCUUCGGCCUCGCUAUGUCCUUCAACAAGAUCCCACCCCGGUGGUUGCACUGUCCGAGGCGAGGGCAACCCGUGGCAGGAAAAUUUUUACCUCUGAAGACAAUGUUAGGGCCAAAAUAUGAUGAUCAAGUUGCUGAAGAGUGCCGCUUCCAUCCCAGUAUGCUCUCCAACUACUUAAAGAGCCUUAAGGUUAAGAUGGGUUUGCUGGUUGACUUGACAAACACCACUCGGUUCUAUGACAGGAAUGAUAUUGAGAAGGAUGGCAUCAAAUAUAUAAAACUGCAGUGUAAAGGGCAUACGGAAUGCCCCACAGCUGAGAACACAGAAACAUUCAUUCGUGUAUGUGAACAUUUUAGUAAUAAGAACCCAACAGAGCUUAUAGGUGUCCACUGUACGCAUGGUUUUAAUCGUACUGGUUUUCUUAUCUGUGCCUUUCUGGUUGAAAAGUUGGACUGGAGUAUUGAAGCUGCAGUGGCAACUUUUACCCAAGCCAGGCCACCUGGUAUCUAUAAAGCUGACUAUCUGAAGGAGCUAUUCCGGCGUUAUGGUGAUGUAGAAGAUGCACCAGCACCACCUCCAUUGCCCGAGUGGUGCUUCGAUGAAGAGGAAGAUGAUGACGAUGACUGCACACCAGGAACCCAGGAAUCAGAAGCUGGGUCAUCUAGUUCCUUUUCUGGCAAAAGAAGAAAAGAACAUUUGAAGCUGGGUGCAGUGUUUUUGGAAGGAAUCUCAGUUAAACGUGUAACUCAAGUGACGUCUCAGCCAAAGCUUGGAGAAAUACAGCGCAAAUGCCAGCAGUUUACUGGAUGGAAAGGAACUGGAUUUCCUGGAGCUCAACCUGUUUCUAUGGAUGAGCAGAAUAUUAAACUUUUAGAACAGAAGCCAUACAAAGUAAGCUGGAAAGCAGAUGGAACACGAUACAUGAUGUUGAUUGAUGGCAAAGAUGAAGUAUAUAUGAUUGACAGAGAUAACUCAGUAUUUCAUGUAUCCAAUCUGGAGUUUCCAUUUCGUAAAGAUCUGCGUGUACAUUUAGAGAACACUCUGUUGGAUGGGGAGAUGAUCAUCGACAAGGUGAAUGGGCAGGUUGUCCCUCGGUAUUUGAUUUAUGACAUAAUUAAGUUCAAUGGACAACCAGUUGGUGAAUGUGAUUUUAAUAUUCGUCUAUCGUGUAUAGAAAGAGAAAUUAUUCUUCCACGUCAGGACAAAAUGAAGACUGGCCAAAUUGAUAAAGCACAAGAGCCUUUCAGUGUCCGUAACAAACCAUUUUUUGACAUCCACGCAGCAAAAAAGCUUCUUGAAGGAAACUUUGCUAGAGAAGUCAGUCAUGAAGUGGAUGGACUAAUUUUCCAGCCUACAGGAAAAUACAAGCCUGGACGAUGUGAUGACAUUUUGAAAUGGAAGCCACCCAGUCUGAAUUCGGUGGAUUUUCGGCUAAAAAUAACAAGAGUUGGUGGAGAAGGGCUUCUGCCACAGAAUGUUGGACUACUUUAUGUUGGAAGUUUAGACAGACCUUUUGCACAAAUCAAGGUAACAAAAGACUUGAAACAAUAUGAUAAUAAGAUUAUAGAAUGCAAGUUUGAGAACAACAGCUGGGUCUUCAUGAGGCAAAGGAUAGACAAAAGCUUCCCAAAUGCUUACAGCACUGCCAUGGCUGUGUGUAACAGCAUACGACAUCCAGUGACAAAGGAAAUCCUCUUUGAGUUCAUUGAAAAGUGUACAACAGCACCUGUGGGACAGGCACAUAAACGCCCCCUGGAUCCAGACACUGAACUUAUGCCACCACCUCCUCCGAAAAGACCACGACCGUAACUGGACACUUCUGGAUGAGGAGAAUGACAUGUUGUUUACAGUUGUACAAUGAAAAUGGGUGGAUUAAAAACUUUUGCAAAAAAGUUAUAAACUUUUUGUAAAUACUUAAGUGCAUUUUUUUGGAAUGCCACAUCAUGAACUCAGAUUUGUUUUGUACUUGAAAAGCUGAACAUUGCUCUGUGGAAUUUGAAAAUUAGUUUAAGGCUGGAUGAGAAGAGUCUGGAAUCAAUGGAAAACCACCUUGUUUGUUAGGUACCCUUCAAAUUUAAUGUUUUAUAGUAGUAAUGUGGAACUGUGAAGCCAUGAGAAAACAGCUAUUUUUAUUUUUUUUUACAGGCAGUGUUUCAAAAAAGUGUGGUAUUUCCUUUAUUUAAAAGAUUAGGAUUUGUCACUUUGUUUCAUUUAGCAUAGUUUCCCUUUGUUUCUUAGGUUCAAGUUUAAAGACAAGUAGCAGCAAAUGUUCAUGCUGUGUACUCUUUAAAAUAAAACUUUAUCAGGUUUCACUCAUUUUAAAACCUUUUUUUAUAUUAAAGACAUCACCUGAGAAUUAUUGUAUAAA